AAGAUCUGAGUAUAAGCUUAAGAUCUGCGUAUAUACACAUCUUUAGAAAUGUAUAAAAGCGAUAUUAAAUGUGACAUGCAUCGUCAAACGUCACACAUUUCGCGACAAUGUACAUCUUCCGUUCGGCUGUCUUCUGUGCGAUAUUGAUUUAUUGCGAGGCGCGAUCGCAAAUCCUACAAGAUGCGAUCUCGAUGAAGGAUGGAACUUCGGUUGACGACGACGAUUUAUUUGAAGAUUUGUUCGAAGAUUUGUACGAUGAUCUGACCUCGUCCGAAGAUAUUAGCAUCGGUAGUGAAUCUUUGCGAAAAUCGCGGGUAAUCGGAGGAGUCGACGACGAAAGAGAGAAUAUAAGAAAAUUUUGCCCGAUCAGAGUAAAUCCGACACCGGAUCUCCCCAAUCUGUCCAGCCCUCUCGAAUGUGCGCGCAGCUGCGACGAUCGUGAGAAACCUAAGAUAUGUUAUUAUCGCUUUGAAGUAGAGUACUACUCCACACUCAGCAAAGCUUGCGAUCUCUGCAAAUCGAAUGCAACUAACGCCUUUUGCAACAAUUGCCAGUGCGUGACCAUGGACGGAGUGGAAAGGGCAGUUGUAUCAGUGAAUCGAAUGAUCCCUGGGCCUACCAUCGAUGUUUGCAAGGGCGACAGAAUCGUAGUCGAUGUUUUCAAUAAAAUAGAAGGCGAGGGACUGACGAUUCACUGGCACGGGGUAUUCCAGAAGGACUCGCAGUAUUACGACGGUGCGGCCCAUGUUACCCAAUGUCCGAUUCCUGAACAAACUACAUUCAGAUAUCAAUUUAAUGCCGACAACGCGGGCACUCACUUCUGGCACGCUCACACCGGACUGCAAAAGACAGACGGUUGUUUUGGAAGAUUGAUUGUACGUCAACCAGCAAAACACGAUGUACAUAGCAAGUUGUAUGAUUUUGACUUGUCCCGCCAUGGGAUCAUCAUCAAUGACUGGAUGCAUGAGUUAGGUGUGACACGAAUACCAGGUCGUCGUCUACAACCUUUCCCGAGAUAUCAAGAUCCGGAUUCUAUUCUAAUUAACGGCAAGGGACGAUAUCAGGAAAAGAAUUUUACUACCGACGCGGAUCUCGAGGUGUUCCAUGUGGAACGCAAUCGUCGUUACCGAUUUCGCUUUGUGAAUACCUUCUGUACGGUCUGUUCGUCAAUAUUAACCGUCGAGGGACAUAAUCUUACUAUCAUAGCAGCAGACGGCAUUUCGGUCAGACCCACCGUAGUGAAUUCCAUCGUUAGUGUUUCAGGGGAACGUUACGACUUUAUCAUAAACGCGAACAACAAAGUUGCCUCGUAUUGGAUUCAACUUCGUGCAGUAUCACCGUGCGAAAGCAGAAAUAUUCAACAGCUAGCUAUACUCCAAUACGAUGGUGCAUCAAACCAACCGGCGACACCUAUGCCCAGUUUCAACUCUUCGCUCCCUGAAGGGAUUGUAUUAAAUCCACUUAAUUCUCAAUGCAAUCAACCAAGAAAUGACGCAGUUUGUGUCAGCAAUUUACGAAGUGCGGAACCAGUUGACGAGGAUAUUUAUAUGAGAAGACCACACAUGCAGAUAUAUUUACCGUUUAGAUUUUACGUGCACGAUAUUGAGGAACUCUUUGCACCCAGCUCUUUCGAUAAAUUUCUAGUUGCGCCUGGCGGUCGUCAUACGCUUUCAUAUGUCAACAACAUUUCAUUGCGUUUCCCGCCCUCGCCGCCACUCUCGCAGUUGGAAGAUAUACCACCUGAAAUAAUCUGCAAUGGUACAGGCAAACCGGACAAUUGCGGGGAUCCAUGUAUAUGUACGCACGUCAUAGACCUUCCGUACAACGGCAUCGUUGAACUCAUCAUAGUCGAUGAAACCAGAGCACGCGGACUGCAUCAUCCGUUUCAUUUACAUGGCUAUGCUUUUAAUAUCAUGUACUCCGACGUGCCCAACAAUGGAACCGGAGUUACAGUAGAAGAAAUAAAAGAAAUGGACAGAAGAGGCCUUAUACGUAGAAGGAGAUCCUUGGCACCAUUUAAAGACACUAUAGCUGUGCCAAAUAACGGUUACGUAAUUGUACGCUUCCGCGCGAAUAAUCCUGGUUAUUGGCUACUUCACUGCCACUUUAUUUAUCAUCUGGCGACGGGUAUGGGCAACGUAUUUCGCGUUGGAAACCGAUUCGACGUACCACCUGUUCCGCGAGGUUUUCCGCGGUGUGGGAAUUUUAUGCCAAACAUAACUCAGCAUAAUUAUUACGGUUGAUACUUUCGUCCUCUUGCCUCAGAAAAAAUUACUGUGAUGUGAGUCACUUUAUAUUUCGGAUUAAUCGUUUCUCCGCUUAAUCUAGAUCUCAGACUAUGUUAUGUCUCUGAAUAUCCGUAUAGCAAUAUGUCAGAUGGAAUACUGAAUAUGGAAACGUGUUUUCUCUUACGGGAUGUACGAAUAGAGCGAAAUUGUAAACUUAAAGUCAUAUAUCUAUAAUGUAAAGUUAUGUUACAAUCGGCGAGAGAGAGGUUAUAUUUUCAUCUCGAUGAACUUUAUGAUAAUUCGAUAAUAAAAUUUAAUAAUAGAUAAUAAGGAUAAGAAAAUUUAUUUCUCCUCAGAAUUACUUAAAAAAACAAUUUUUUCUCUGAUACCGAUACCUAAUCAUCGUCAAAGCUCAUCGAGGUGAAAGUAUUGCACCUUUUAUUCUAUUGACUAUAUCUGUACAUAUACUCAGCAAAUAUAUUAUGCGAAGGAUUUAGUUAUA